UGUCUCGACGUAAGGUUGGUGUUGCUGCGCUGCUUGGACUCCUCUCACUGGACUUCUGCCCCACGCAUGGACUCUAGAUCUGAUCAAAAAUAUUCCAUUUAUUUCACGCACACGGUCCUUGAAAUCGUUAAUUUAUUUGACUGGCUGAUCCAUAUUUCUACGAGAAAGUAAUUAUGUGAAGUGAAUUAAUGUGCUAACGUUACCGUUCAGAAUUAAAAACCAAAUAAGUGACGUUAAAUGAACUUAAAUCAUGGAAAUGAAAGCCAGUCGUUUUAAUCUAAUGAGAGGCAAACCGCACUGAUUUAAAAAUUAUCGCAUUUACCUCAUCGAGUGAUUACCUACAAAUUGUAUCAGUGAACCCGUUUUGUGAACCUUAGUACCGAGUGGCGUCGGGCUUCACUACUGUUGUGGGCCACGGGACACCUAAGUAUCAUGGAUACCGCUAAGGUGCGAGUGUCGUCCGUGAAGAUUUCACUAGCUGUUCUUCCCUUGCUUCUGCUGCUCCUAUGGCCUCCAGUCGCUGCCAACUGGAUGUAUCUCGGCGUGGUGGGCGUGACGCCGUUGCUGCCACAGGGCGAUCAGGAGGCUCAAAACUUGUCGACUUCAUCAGCAGUGAGCAUUUGUCAGCACCUGCCUGGCCUGGUGCAACAGCAGGUGGCCGUGUGUCAGGACCAUCCUGAUGCCAUCAAGAGUGUCAGCGCCGGGGCCAGACGUGGCAUCACUGAGUGCCAGUACCAAUUCCGACACGAGCGAUGGAACUGCACCACCACGCAUGAAGAUCCCGACGUACCUUUUGGACACAUUAUUAAAAGAGGCAGCAAAGAGACAGCGUUCAUCUACGCCAUCACCUCGGCCGGAGUGGUGCACGCAGUGACGCAGGCUUGCUCGUCCGGUAAUCUCACGGACUGCUACUGCGACAUGAGCAAGCAAGGCCUGUCCACCCCCGAGGGCUGGAAGUGGGGCGGAUGCAGCGACAACCUGAACUUCGGUAACCAGUUCGCUCGCCAGUUCGUGGACGCGCCUGAGAAGGAAUGGCACAAGAAAGAGAAGAAAUUCCGCAACCUCAUGAACCUACACAACAACGAAGCUGGGCGCCAGGAAAGAAAGUCGGAGCUGGUGCACAUCCACAGCUCGCCGAACUACUGCAAGAGCAAGCCGAAGAAGGGCAUCCUGGGCACCUCAGGGCGACAGUGCAACAAAACCUCGUCGGGACCAGACUCUUGCAGCUUCCUCUGCUGCGGACGCGGAUACAAUACCAAGGCCGUGAAAUACAUCGAGCGCUGUCACUGCAAGUUCGUGUGGUGCUGUCGCGUUGAGUGCAAGAACUGUGUGACAAAAGUCGAUGUCCACACCUGCAAGUGAAGAAAUCCUAACGAAUUUCUAUCCCUCUUGCUGAAUUUCCAUCCCUCCGUUUUCUUAUAACUUUCAUAGGUACCGGCAUUGACAUGAACAUCAUUGAUUACCACGUGCGCAGAAUAUUCCCUCUGCCAACAACGUUAUUUUAAACUUAGCCUAAAUUUUAGUCUAUAUACGAAAUAGAUUAACUCCAUGUGUUAAAAGUGUAUCGUGAAGGUGCGCCUGUCCUCGAGGCCGUGUUGUAUGUGUCGUAAAAUUCUCGUUUGUUUGAAGGUUGUUAACUACUUUUAUUAAUUUCACGAGUAGCAAAAUGAUCUGUAUUUAGUCUGAAAUGUAUGUAUCUCUGCUUGUCGCUUUUCUGUUAAAUUUUUACAAUUGGUUUGUCGCUUGUAUGUGGAAUGGCAGCGCGGUGCUUGCACGGCAUUCAGGGCAUUCACGGGCUUCACUUUAAAUUGUCGAUCUGAAUAUUUUUUCUUGUUCAAGAUCCAAGUCUACAGUUAUUGAAAGAAUGCUGCGAAGUAACGAUAAUUGUCAAUUGAACUUAAAUGUUUUAACAACUAACUAACUCGUAUUUUUUACAUAUAUCUCUUUAAUUACUAUUUCCGAGGACAAUCAUUUUAUUGUUUAUCAAUGCAUUUCAGCCUUUUUAAUCAAAAAGUACCUUCGUAAUGUUACCAUUGCAAUACUUGAAGAUAUUGUGUUUUAAAUGAAUUACCUCUCAUGCUAUCGUUUAGUGUUCUUGUCAUAAAACUGCAUAGUUUGAGCCGAUAGCCUGUCUUUGAUGAUUCAUGAAUGACGCUCAAUGUUACCGUUGCAGCCAUAGCGACCAUUUUAAUUUUCGGGCUAUGACAGUGGGCCGUGGAUUUUAUUUACAUCUACCACUUUUUACGUCGAGUUUUCACGCACUUCAUAUUGUUCGUGAAUCGUAAUCUUUACGUAAUUCCUUUAAGUAUUGCAAAAGUUGGCUUACCUACAGUCAGCAUCUCGUGUAUAUAAAUUGACUUAGAUCUGCAGAUAGUUUAUUUUCGGGUUUGAUAUUAACAAAUAGCAUAAAUUUCAUGAUCAGUACUUCGAUCUGAACUUCUAAUUAAUAGGUAAUUAUUAUGAUAGGCAAGGCAAUAUUCAUGAAUGAUUGACUCGAUAUACUCUAAGAAAAUGUCCAGUUAUUCUAAGUAAUUUUAAUGGUUCUUAUAGAGAGACCGGUGUUAUAAGUCGAUGUAUGUAUGGUAGGUUAUGUUUUGUAAAUAGCGCACUCUGUUGACCCACACCAUGUCUGAUAUCGCCAUGACUCGGUGCAUCUUCUUAUAAUUUGUAAAUGAAAGCAAUUUUACAAUUUAUCGUACUCUCAACUUCAGCUACGUUUAAUUAAAAGCAAAUAAUUUCAUGAUACUCAAAAUUAGUAAAUUUAAUUAUUAUAUCCCGCGCCUUAAUUUCUAUUGCCCGUUUUUAAACGAUCGUCAAGUAGUUCCGCGUAUAAACUCCUAUUUUAACUUCUUGCUUAAAUGUCCAUAUCUUAACUAUAGACAAGGAAAUUCCGUAAUUAUUUUAAAUAGAAAUUUUCUUAAAGAAGUAAUUGAUAUUCUACGAGAAGAGCUAUUUAUUUCUUCCAAAGAUAGGCGGCGCAUUUAAAUGGUCACAUGUCAAUAAUUUGGGGGUUUUCACUGUUUAAUGUCGCAAAAUUAUAUGCUUUGACUGAAAUUUUCGAUAUUCUGUGCACUGGUCCUACUUAGUAGGGUUUUAGGGUUAUUCUAUGUCCUAUUUCGAAAGAUUCUAGGGUUAUUCUAGGUCCUUCUUCGUAUGGUUCUAGGGUUAUUCUAGGUUCUACUUAGUAGGGUUCUAGGGUUAUUCUAGGUCCUACUUAGUAGGGUUCUAGGGUUAUUCUAGGUCCUACUUCGUAGGGUUCUAGGGUUAUUCUAGGUCCUACUUCGUAGGGUUCUAGGGUUAUUUUAGGUCCUACUUCGUAGGGUUCUAGGGUUAUUCUAUAUCCUACUUAGUAGGGUUCUAGGUCGUUUCUAGGUCCUAUUUCGUAGGAUAAAGAUUGUUAUCUCUUAUAUGAGUGUGUAAUUUGACAGAUGAAAUGCAUGCAAGCAUUACAGUUUUUUCCGAUUGCACUUUCCUUUAAAGGACCAUUAUCAUGAGAAACUGUGAACAAAACUCCACAAUUUUAGAUGGUAGGACAGCUUUACGCUAGAUUUAAUGACGGCUUGUAAAUGUAUAGUUAACAUCAUGUUCAUGUAUAUAUUUGUAUAGUCCUGAGCUUUAUGUGUCUAGCUUCUAACUUGACGUAGUUUCUUUGUAUUUUAAUGAGCGUAAUUAUCGUACUGGUUUGCAUCGUUUUCUUGCGAUAUCUUGUAAUUAUUUUUUCAACGCGGAAUUUACCUAUCAAUGUAAAAGUUGCUCGCCGUGAACUGCUAACAAAUACUCGCUUCAGAGCUUGAGACGAGGCUCUUAUUGGCCUUGAGUGUCUCUGAUAUUUUUAAUUCGUCUAUUUCAAAGCAUCAUUGUGAAAGUUUAUCACUUGAUUUCAGGGCAGAUAAUUACGCUACGAUGCCCACGCAUAGUGAAAUGUUGAUGUUCUUUAAAUGUUUUCAUAGGUGCUGAUUUCAUUGAUCGAAAAAAGGCAACGAAUUCAAGUAAAAAUUCGUUCAACAAACUCAAAUUCAACGAAUUUACGCCAAAAAUAAUGUACACAUUUAUUACUGACGUAUCUUCAAACUAAAGAUUUCGCACCGAUUGCGUCGACAUUGAAGACGCGAAAAAAGGUACAAACAACCGACGAUUUUUCUUUCAAACCGCAUUUUCAUACGGAAGUACCUGUGAAUUUGAUCGCUUGACAAAUGUAAACCCGCAUGCCAUUUGGUAAAAACCCUUAAUUGGCCAGGCUAGAUAAAAUUUUCCACUUGAAAUUGUUUAAAAAGUUAUCUAGUGUGAAAAUUACAACUAACGAACAAAUGGAGUUCAUUUGUUCUCAGUAAAUUUUGAACAUCCAACUUCUAAGCAUCACUGUCUUCUAAUUUUUCAUUCGUAUCUUCUAGUACUAAGUAAUCUUCGUGUAACCACAUACUGCUACACAAAUUUUCUGUCAACUGUUUCAUUAUUGUUUCGCGAUGAUUUCAAUUAUAUAUCAGAAUUCGAAA